UUUCCUAGAUAAAUAUGAUUCCCCAAGAACAUUUUCUCUAAAGACAUUCUUGGACUUCACUCCAGCACGGUGACUCAAUAGAACUCAGCUCUGCCAUGAAGUCCGCUGUUCUUUUCCUCUUGGGCGUCAUCAUCCUAGAUCAGUGUGGAGUUCGAGGAACUCUAGUCAUAAGAAAUCAGCGAUGCUCCUGCAUCAGCACCAGCCAAGGCACGAUCCACUACAAAUCCCUCAAAGACCUCAAACAGUUUGCCCCAAGCCCUAAUUGCAACAAAACUGAAAUCAUUGCUACACUGAAGAACGGAGAUCAAGCCUGCCUCGACCCAGAUUCAGCAAAGGUGAAGAAGCUGAUGAAAGAAUGGGAGAAAAAGAUCAGCCAAAAGAAAAAGCAGAAGAGGGGGAAAAAACAUCAAAAGAACAAGAAAAAUGGAAAGCCUAAAACACCCCAAAGUCCUCGUUCAAAGAAGAAUACAUAAAAGACUACCGCUUUACCAAUGAGCACUCUGCGUCUUAAUGGUUUUUAGAUCGUACUGAAAAGCCUUUCCUGGCAGAGCAGCCUUUAAUACAUAAGCUUUUAAUACUUUGUUAAUCUAACUACAAAACAUAAAGCAUGCAUUUGAAAUUAUAACUAAAGCUAAGAAGUUAAUUGUAAAGCUCAAAUGGUAAGAAUUGCUAGAGGCAAAAACAGUCUUUGUUUUACACAGCCAACAAUAUUUCAUUGAGCCCUUGAGCACAGUCACGAUAAUAUCAAACCUGGGCAAGUGUCCACACAUAGUUAUCCAUGCACAACAGCUGUCUGGCUUCCAGAGCCACACAUUUCGCAGCCUCCGGAGUCUUCUGAGGCUCACAUCACCAAGUCUGUUUGCUGGUGAGCUAGACAUCACCAAACUGGCAAGGCCGUGAGCAGCUGCAUUUGAGUCAGCCUGGAGUCCCCACACAAAGUGUGUCUCAGAGAUCGGUGCAAGUGGUUUUGUGGUUCUACCGUGAAGAACACCAGCAUUGGCUUUCAGAACCUUCUGUGUAGCUUUUGAGAACAUGGGAUUUCAUUAUUAACUUGAUACCAUCUUCAAGGCUUAUUCCAAGUUUGCUUCUUAAAUGAAACUCUCCUAGAAGGUUGUGUGUGUAUCUUAGCAGCAGAACACUUGGUGUUCAGAACAAGGCCCUGGAGUCAAUCACUAACAGUACAAAAACUUAACCAGUUUAAAGAAUCUUUUCUGGCUACUCAGAUUCUUUUAAAUCUAUUUUGCUUGUUGCUCAGUGUUUCAUGAGUAAACACUUCACUGUUAUCUAAUUGGA